AUGGGACCUGUAAUAGAUGGUAUGGGACCUGUAAUAGAUGGUAUGGGACCUGUAAUAGAUGGUAUGGGACCUGUAAUAAUAGAUGGUAUGGGACCUGUAAUAGAUGGUAUGGGACCUGUAACAGAUGGUAUGGGACCUGUAAUAAUAGAUGGUAUGGGGCCUGUAAUAGAUGGUAUGGGACCUGUAAUAAUAGAUGGUAUGGGACCUGUAAUAGAUGUAUGGGACCUAGUGUUUUCCUACUUGGAUGUUGUUUCGUUGUGUCGGUGCGCACAAGUGUCUCACUACUGGCAUGUGCUGGCCCUCGAUGGCUCAAAUUGGCAACGCAUUGAUCUCUUCAACUUUCAGACAGAUAUUGAGGGACGAGUGGUUGAGAAUAUCGGGCGCAGAUGCGGUGGCUUCCUGAAACAGUUGUCUCUACGAGGCUGCCAGAGCGUCAACGAUGCUGCCCUUGUUACCUUUGCCGAAAUGUGCAACAAUAUUGAAGAACUUAAUCUUAACUAUUGCAAGAAUAUUACAGACAAAACGUGUACAGCACUCAGCAGACACUGUCCACGGCUGGUGAGGUUAGACCUAGACUCUUGUGCACAGAUUGGCGACAUCUCCCUCAAGGCUCUCAGUGACGGCUGUCCGCACCUUGAGUGGAUCAACGUCUCCUGGUGCGACAACAUUACACAGAAUGGAGUGGAUGCGUUGGCUCACGGUUGCCCUAAGUUGAAAGGUUUUGUGGGGAAGGGGUUGAAAGCCCUCACAGAUCCUGCUCUCAUAUCUCUUGCACAGUACUGUAAAGAUCUGGAACACAUCAACCUACAUGGUUGCUCAGCAAUCAGUGACAGAGGUGUGGUAGCGCUGGCAGAGAACUGUUUGAUGAUCCGUUACCUGUGUUUGAGUAAUUGCAUGCACUUGACAGACACCAGCUUACUGGUGGUGUCUCAACACUGUGCCCACCUAGAAACUCUGGAAGUAGCUGCCUGUUCACAGUUUACCGACAACGGGUUCCAAGCUUUGGCUCGGACGUGUCACAUGUUGGAGAAGAUCGACCUUGAGGACUGCGUGCUGAUCACUGAUGCCACCCUGAAUCACCUGGCCUCAGGAUGUCCUCGAUUAGAAAAACUCAGCUUAUCUCAUUGUGAACUGAUAACGGAUGAAGGGAUCCGCCACCUGGGAGUGUCAGCAUGCUCGACGGAGCACCUAGCUGUGCUGGAGUUAGACAACUGUCCGCUCAUUACCGAUGCUUCCCUAGACCACUUGCUCUCCUGCCAUAACCUACAACGCAUCGAACUUUAUGACUGCCAGCUUAUUACCCGAGCAGGAAUUAAGAGACUCAAGAGCCACUUGCCGAAUAUCAAGGUACAUGCGUACUUUGCACCGCAGACUCCCCAGCCUGCAGAGGGCAGGUCGAGGCAACGAUAUUGUCGGUGCUGUGUCAUUCUUUGAGGUUUUAAGAGUCAAAAUCCUCCAGAUGUUUUCUCUGGGGUUGGGGACAACCAAGGUUACCCUGGGUUCUUGAAGGAUGAGUUGCGAAUAUUUUCAUUGUGAAAGGAAUUAUCCAUAGGUCACGGUGACCAUUUUCUUCCGGCCCUUAGUAUGGUCUCCUUGCCCAUCUGUUGUCUUAUUAACAGUACAGUGGAAGGUAGGCUGUAUUCCAUAGGCAUUCAUUCAUUGGUUUCAAUGACCUUAAAGUAUCAUAACUGUGAGGUAUGGGUGGCACUGAGAAACAGCUGCAUGUCUACUGUUGUAUUCCAGUGGGUGGCACUGAGAAACAGCUGCAUGUCUACUGUUGCACUCCAGUGGGUGACACUUGAGAAACAGCUGCAUAUCUACUGUUGUGCUACAGUGGGUGACACUGAGAAACAGCUGUAUGUCUGCUGUUGUGCUCUGAUGCACAACAUACUGAGAAACAGCUGUGAAUCUACCAUUGUCAUCCUGUGUGUGACACUAAAUAACAACUGAAUCUGUUGUUGUCAUCCUUUGAGUGACAGGCUGAGAAACAGCUGUGCAUCAGCUGUUGUGAUCCUGAAGUCACCGAGUCAAAAACACACGUGUUAGUCAUAGAAACUGCAGGAUAGAUAAAUGAUAGAUAAGAACCAUUUGCCAUUUAUAAUUUGCCAAAACCCCCAUCUCUGACGAGGCAUUGGGUUACCCCACAAGGGCGGCGGGUUUUGCCAAACCUCAGAUAAAACUAGAAAUUACUCGCAGUUUUGUAUGGUGUCGCCCAACGUUCAUUGUGUUUUUCCUGCCAAUCAUAAAACAACAAGUAUAUACGCUUCUCUAGUGACACUCUUCAGCCAGGCUGUGUGUGUAAUUGUGAUGAGAAUGUGCAGUUGUAAGUCCUAGUUAAUUUCCGUAAGACUUGUUUUCUUUAUUACUGGACAUGCAGUAAUGCCAAACUAAAGAGUUAUGUAUUUUGAAAGUUACAUAUCAUAUUUAGCAAAUUAUUUUAUUGUUGAUCCAGUAUUAAGGAAAAAGGCAUUGAUUGUUAACAAAGAGAGUGGCUAAAAAAUAUUUAUUAUUAAAAAAAGUAUUUUCUUGUUGGUAAGUUAUAGUUUUGAUAAUUUCUUCCAUAAAAUAGCAGACGUGAUUCCGAGGCUUGUGAACCAUUGUUUUGAUCGGUGGUAAAGCGCUGGAGGUCCUAACUUAUAUAUGUCACAGAUUAUACAAUUCUGCACUUACAAGCAGAGAACUUGAGAACCAGUUACAAGCUUAACAGUCUCCGAGUCAUAAUAUGAGCAUGUGUGCAACAAAAGUAACCAUUUUACUGUGGCUUUCUUGACAAGAAACUCUUGUAAGGUGAAACAUGUGGAACACAUCUUGUAAGAUGCAACACCUGGAACAUAUCUUGUAAGAUGCAACACCAGGAAUACAUCUUGUAAGAUGCAACACCUGGAACACAUCUUGUAAGAUGCAACACCUGGAACACAUCUUGUAAGAUGCAACACCUGGAACACAUCUUGUAAGAUGCAACACCUGGAACACAUCUUGUAAGAUGCAACACCUGGAACACAUUUCCAAAGAAGAGAGACAGAGAGUUCAUCUCAUUUAUAAGUUAGGAACCUCAUGUAUACUCACUUACGAAAGGUAUAUUAGUUGAUAAGGGAAAACUAGACUUAUGGAGAGUGUACCUAGGACUUAAUUUCUUGUCACAAAGCUGCAAUGUUUUGACAUGAUGAGAGCAAUACUCUCCACUUGGUCCUUAUGCUGUGAACACAGUGUUAUAUAUCUUGAAGAAGCUCACCUUUAUGCCGGGCAGUGACGGUGAAACCUCGAUUUGAUGGGCCAAUAGGGAAGAGAGGGUGAUGCCCAUUGUCUGUUAUAUCUGAAUGAGUUUUUCCAUGAAAGGAAAAAUAAUAGACGAUUCUGGAUUUAAUAGUCAUGCAUUUAAUCCAAAAUCAAAAUUCUGGAUUUAAUAGUUGUUCAUUUAAUCUUGAAUCAAAUUACCCAGUGGACCAUAACGCUCAUGGAUAAUUCUGGAUUUUACGGACUUUGUUGUUUCCGGACUUUGUCCGGUUAACAGGUUUUGUCCAUUAAAUCUGAAAUCUAUUAACCUGAGGUCUGUUAAAUUUAGAUUUUACUGUAAUGCCAGUUUCUCUUUUAUGUUCACUCUGAAACAUGUUCACUCUGAAACAUGUUCACUCUGAAACAUGUUCACUCUGAAACAUGUUCAAUGUGUAUUUUGUUGCCAGUUGUGCAUACCUUAUGUGAAGAAACACACACACACACACACACACACACAGUAUAUACACACAUACGCACAUACACACAUACGCACACACAUACAAACACACAUAUACAUAUGCGACAGUGUCACAAACUCCACUUGUAAGUGUUGCAAACACUAACACCACCUGCCACAAACACUGUAUACAACAGUGUCACAAGCACUAACACAACAAAUGCCACCUGCCACAAACACUGUAACAGUGUCACAGGCACUAACACAAACACCACCUGCCACAAUCACUAACAGUGUCACAAGCACUAACACAAACACCACCUGUCACAAACACUGUAACAGUACCACUAGCACUAACACACACACCACCUGCCACAAACACUGUAACAGUAUCACAAGCACUAACACACACACCACCUGUCACAAACACUAACAGUAUCACUAGCGCUAACACAAACACCACCUGCCACAAACACUGUAACAGUAUCACAAGCACUAACACAAACACUGUAACAAUAUUACUAGCACUAACACAAACACCACCUGCCACAAACACUGUAACAGUAUCACAAGCACUAACACAAACACCACCUGCCACAAACACUGUAACAGUAUUACUAGCACUAACACACACACCACCUGCCACAAACACUGUAACAAUGUCACAAGCACUAACACAAACACCACCUGCCACAAACACUGUAACAGUAUCACAAGCACUAACACAAACACCACCUGCCACAAACACUGUAACAGUGUCACAAGCACUAACACAAACACCACCUGCCACAAACACUGUAACAGUAUUCACAAGCACUAACACACACACCACCUGCCACAAACACUGUAACAAUGUCACAAGCACUAACACACACACCACCUGCCACAAACACUGUAACAGUAUCACAAGCACUAACACACACACCACCUGCCACAAACACUGUAACAGUGUCACAAGCACUAACACACACACACACCACCUGUCACAAACACUGUAACAGUAUCACUAGCACUAACACAAACACCACCUGCCACAAACACUGUAACAGUAUCACAAGCACUAACACACACACACCACCUGUCACAAACAC